AUGUCAUCUUUUACUUUAAACUCUAUAACAAAACUUGACAAUCUCCCUACACCUGACCAAUAUGCUCUAGUCCUCAAUUCAAUCCGACAAAAAAUUUCUCUUAUCAAGUCUUCUCUCCCUUCACUGAAGAAACUUCCCAAAGAAAAGCGAGUCCAAGUCCAUUUCAAUCUCCAAUCAGCCAAUGAGCUGGCAGGAAAGCUGCAAACCAGCAUUUUGAAGCUCAGUGACAAGGAAAAACCUCAAUACUCUAAAUGGAAACGGGAGCUUGAAAAAGAAGUCAAAGAAAUCCAAAAAAUUGCUGAAGAAAUCGUUAAAAUAGAAGAAGUGCUUCAUAUUGAUACAGCAGAACCUACAGAGGAAGACACACUUUUGGAAAGUCCACAACAACAGAACAUGAAUUUUGAGCUACAGUUGCAUCAUGAUAUUUUGCAAGAAAGAGAUGAGAAAAUAAGUAGGAUUUCGCAAGCAAUUAGAACGGUUAAUGGGUUAUUAUACCUAAUUACUGUGAAUGUAUAUAUUCUUGCUGGCUGUUGUUAUCCAUUGAUAAUGCAGUCACCAAGGAUUCUUACAGGGGAUUCGCAAUCUUUGCAGCGAUGGCUGGGGGACUUUUUUGAGCUAGAUGAAUUACCGGGCUAGUUUCGGCACGAACACCUUUCAUCUUCUUCACCACCUCACCAUAUAUCCUCCUUGCCUUGUCAGCUUUAGUGUAAAAGGAAAUGCUAUGGACUUCUGCUGUGUGCUGUUCAACAAAAAAUCCAAAAAAUAGAACUUUCUAGCCAAAUUUAAAGUCCGGGGCUUAACUUCCAGUUUCACGCAGGGAAGAUUUCGAAUGGUCUAGGCGUUGCCUGUAGACACUGCUGUGCCUUCUCUUUCUAACUCUGAACCCAAUUUUACUCGAGGUAAAAUCCAAUCCUUAAAGUGGACUAGCUCUGGGCAUUACCAGAGUUGCUUACCUAGCAUUGUUGUCUAUUUCUGGGUUAGCAAAACCUUGCCGAAUAUAAUUAAAUACGUCCUCGAGGCUGCAUUAUGGUAGGCAAUGCCCGGGCCGAGACGUCAUUUUAUUUAUGGAUAACGACAAAUCAGUAGGAAUAUAUUAAUUCAUUAUAAUUAAGUAUAAAAGAUGUAAGCGAAAUGGUGCUGGAGCAAGGAGAAGUCUUAGACUUAAUAGAAACUAAUGUUGAAAAAUCAGUGGACAGAAGCAAAAAAGCAAUAAAUGAACUUUCUAAGGCUGAAAAACAAAAUAAGGUAGGAAGGAUGAGAUAUUGCCUGGUUGCGAUACUGGCUGUAUGCCUGGUGUUUUUUAGCUCACUGCUGACUUUGAAUUAUUAUAAAAGCACUAAUCAAUAA